UUACAAUGUUGUGACCCAUAUAUUCAGGACCAAUACGACAACCUCUCGGCUCAAAGCCAUCGGGGGAUUGAGUUUCUGGACAAAUACGGACAGUUCAUCAAAGAGAGGGCCACUAUUGAGACCGAAUACGCCUCCAAAUUGAGACGUCUUGUCAAAAGUCAUCAAACGAAGAAGAGAGACGACGAAGAGAACCAGCUGACUGUUUGCAAGGCGUUCGCAAUGAUGACACAGGAGGUGACAGACCUGGCGGGUCAGCACGAGUUGAUCGCCGAGAAUAUGUCGGCACAAAUCGUCAAAGAGAUUGCAAUACUGUUAAAAGAGCUGAAAGAUGAGCGCAAACGAUACCUUCAAGAGGGGGCCAAGAAUCAGACGGCUUUGCACACAGCGUUGACCGCUUUGGACAAAGCGAAGAAGGCCUACGAAAAGGCGUACAAAGAGGCCGAGAAAGCGGAGGACAACUACAAGAAGGCGGACGCGGACCUGAAUCUGUCGCGCGCGGAGGUGGAGAAGGCAAGGAUGAUC